GUCUCCGAUAACUUGGGCAAAUCCUUUUCAGGCACCUCCCAUGGACCUCAGCCAGGGAGGCCGCGCAGGUCAAGCGUUAGCAGCUCCUACUAGAUCCCCCUAUUCAGGCGUUUAUCCGGUGUCUGCUAGUGGCAACAAUUAUUACCGCCCGCCACAAGCACGUAAGGACGCGCAAUUCGCCGCCAAAGUCACCGGGUCCUUCGCCAACGAGGCUGCUUACCACAGCAACUCUGAACGUCGCGCCAAUGUUGAGCGCAGCAAUGCCACAACGGCCACGUCGCUCGCACUCUUGAACGCCCGUCUCGCAACGGCGGCAACAGACACACACACGGGAAGGGUAAACAACACGGCGCAUGGCACCAAUGUUGCCCUUCCGGCCCAUUAUUGUAACGACUCUGUCGACAUUGCCGGUCCCUCCACUGUGUCCCGUAAUGCGAUCAUCAGCCUCAACUCUGGCGGUAACCCAGCUUUCAACGCGCCCAAGCCGACGAGUAGUGAUCCUUCUCCUGCAGGUUUCGUCGGCGCCGAGCGCGAAAAGGGCACUUUGACUCUCACCCAGGUGCCGCAACGAAGGAUUCUGGCUGUAACUCUUGGCCUUCUCCGCUCAGGUGUCGCCGCCCAGCUAGUCCAAGACAGCCAGUGGCAGGCGAUCAAGGACUUCCUUGACAAAUGCGUACCUGUUGGCGGUGGGGUUCCUGAGUAUGACGAGUGGCUGCCCUCAAUCACAGUCGCCUAUCGGUAUCCAAUUGACGACGAGAAUUGGAAGAAUUUUGAGGCGGUAGUCUCGGUUUUCGACCUGGCCCGCGACGCUCAGAAGGUUUUGGGUUCCUCUGCCGCCGAGCUUGACCAAGUCAACGCCCGCUUCCUGCUCGCGCCACUUCUCCCGCUCAAGCUGCCGGCCGAUGAGCAGAUCCGCAAUCUGCUUCUCUUUUACAAAAUUAGCCAUGUCGAUGUGCGCUCCAACGACUCCGAGGAGUAGACAACGACCGCGGGGUAUGAUGGAGGACAAACAGGUGAAGCAUGAAGAACGCCUUUGCGUGACGCAUCAAUGACUCAUUGAGGGCAUAUGAAGAAGCUGUGUUCGAGGACUGGUACGGUGAUUCUCUGUUAUCGUCCUGGCCUUAGGUUCGCAUUCAUGGCGCAUAGUGUAUACAGGCUUUGAGCUUCGCUUGAGUCGUCAUGCC